AUGUCUGAGAUGAAAUCAGUCGCCUACUUUGUCAACUGGGCAAUUUACGGCCGCAACCACAACCCACAGGAUCUGCCCGCCCAGAAACUGACACACAUCCUCUAUGCAUUCGCAAACGUUCGUCCCGAGAGCGGUGAAGUGUAUUUGAGCGACACUUGGUCCGACAUCGAGAAGCACUACCCGACAGACUCAUGGAAUGACGUCGGCGACAAUGUGUACGGAUGUGUUAAGCAGCUUUUCCUGCUCAAGAAGCAGAACCGCAAAAUGAAGGUCCUGCUUUCCAUCGGCGGUUGGACGUACUCGGCCAAUUUCCCUCAGCCUGCAAGCUCCGACGCGGGGCGGACUAAAUUUGCCGAAUCGGCCACACGUCUGGUUCUGGAUCUAGGAUUUGACGGUCUUGAUAUCGAUUGGGAAUACCCCAAGGAUGAAACCGAAGCCCAGAACCUAGUUCUCUUGCUCCAGAAAUGCCGAGAGGUUCUCGACAGAGCGGCCGGUUCUGAUCGCCGUUUCUACUUGACAAUCGCUUGUCCUGCCGGCGCGAGCAACUACGAGAAGCUCAAGUUCCAAGAGAUGACCCCAUUGCUAGACUUCUACAAUCUCAUGGCAUACGACUUCGCCGGAAGCUGGGAUACCAAGGCCGGCCACCAAGCCAACAUCUCCCCCUCAGCUUCAAACCCCGCAUCCACUCCGUUCUCAAUCGACGCUGCUCUAGACUACUACAUCAACAAGGGCGGUGUACCACCAUCAAAGAUCGUCAUGGGCAUGCCGCUCUACGGACGUGCAUUUGAGAACACCGAUGGACCUGGUACUCCCUUCAACGGUGUUGGACAGGGUAGCUGGGAGAACGGAGUGUGGGAUUACAAGGCGCUGCCUAGACCCGGCGCUGAGGAGAAAUUCGAUGGCGAAUCCAGUGCGUCGUACUGCUAUGAUGGCGGUGCGCGCACGAUGGUUUCCUACGAUACCCCGCAGGUGGGGCAGCUCAAGGCGAAAUAUAUUCGCGACCGCGGACUGGGUGGUGGGAUGUGGUGGGAGAGUAGUGCGGAUAAGGGUGGUAAGGCGGCUAAUUCGGGGGAUGGAAGUUUGAUUGGGAUCUUUGUUGAUGGGGUUGGUGGUGAAGGUGCUUUGGAUCAGUCAUCUAAUGCCCUUGAGUACCCCGAGAGCAAGUAUGACAAUCUCAAGGCCGGAUUCCCGGAGUAG